UGCUUUGGCGUCAUUUAUGUCCAUUGCUUCCCGUGAGCCUCAGCCAUCCACGGAGGGCUCCGAGAGAUCUGGUCUCCUGUGGUCACCAGCAUGGGCUUUGUGAGGCAGAUCCAGCUUUUGCUCUGGAAGAACUGGACCCUGCGUAAAAGACAAAAGGUUCGCUUUGUGGUGGAACUCACCUGGCCUUUAUCUUUAUUUCUGGUCUUGAUUUGGUUAAGGAAUGUGAACCCACUCUACAGCAAACACGAAUGCCAUUUUCCCAACAAGGCGAUGCCCUCAGCAGGAAUUUUGCCAUGGCUCCAGGGAAUUUUCUGCAAUGCGAACAAUCCUUGUUUUAAAAGUCCCACCCUGGCAGAAUCUCCUGGAAUUGUGUCAAACUAUAACAACUCCAUCUUGGCAAGGGUGUAUCGAGAUUUUCACGAGCUCCUCGUGGAUGCACCAGAGAGCCAGCAGCUUGGCCGUGUUUGGACAGAGCUUCGCACCUUAUCCCAACUCAUGGACACCCUCCGAACUCACCCAGAGAAAAUUGCAGGCAGAGGAAUACGAAUUCAGGAUGUCCUAAAAGAUGAAGAAACACUGACACUAUUUCUCAUGAAAAACAUUGGCCUGUCUGACUCAGUUGUCCACCUUCUGGUCAACUCCCUGGUCCGACCGGAGCAGUUUGCUCACGGAGUCCCAGACCUGGCGCUGAAGGAUGUCGCCUGCAGCGAAGCCCUCCUGCGGCGUUUCCUAAUCUUCAGCCAGCGCCGAGGGGCGCAGACAGUCCGUGAGGCCACGUGCUCCCUCUCCCAGGGCGCCCUACAGUGGAUGGAAGACACAUUCUACGCCAACGUGGACUUCUUCAAACUCUUCCGUGUGCUCCCUACACUCCUAGACAGCAGUUCUCAAGGUGUCGAUCUGAGAUCCUGGGGAAAAACAUUAUCUGAUAUGUCACCAAGAAUUCAAGAGUUCAUCCAUCGACCGAGUGUUCAAGACUUGCUGUGGGUGACCAGGCACCUCAUGCAGACUGGUGGUCCAGAGACCUUCACUCAGCUGACUGAUAUCCUGUCUGACCUCUUGUGUGGCUACCCAGAGGGAGGAGGCUCUCGGGUGUUUUCUUUCAACUGGUACGAAGAUAAUAAUUAUAAGGCCUUCCUGGGGAUUGACUCCACGAGGAAAGAUCCUAUCUAUUCUUACGACAAAAGAACAACGAGCUUUUGUAAUGCACUGAUCCAGAGCCUGGAGUCUGACCCUCUAACCAAAAUAGCUUGGAGGGCAGCAAAGCCGCUGCUGAUGGGAAAAAUCCUCUUCACUCCGGAUUCUCCUGCCACACGCAGGAUCCUGAAGAAUGCCAACUCGACUUUUGAAGAGCUGGAGCGCGUUAGGAAGUUGGUCAAAGCCUGGGAAGAAGUGGGGCCUCAGGUCCAGUAUUUCUUUGAGGAGAGCACCCAGAUGGCCGUGAUCCGAGACACCCUGGCGAACCCAACAGUAAAAGGCUUUUUGAAUAAGCAGUUUGGUGAAGAAGGCAUUACUGCCGAAGCUGUGCUGAACUUCCUCUACAAGGGUGCUCCAGAGAGCCAGGCUGAUGAUGUGGCCAGCUUCAACUGGAGAGACAUAUUUAACGUCACCGAUCGUGCCCUACGCCUGGCUAAUCAAUACCUGGAGUGCUUAAUCCUGGACAAGUUUGAAAGCUACGAUGAUGAAAAUCAGCUCACAAAACGAGCCCUGUCUCUGCUGGAGGAAAACAGGUUCUGGGCUGGUGUGGUGUUCCCGGACAUGUAUCCCUGGACCAGCUCCCCACCACCUCAUGUGAAGUACAAGAUCCGGAUGGACAUAGAUGUGGUGGAGAAAACCAAUAAGAUCAAAGACAGGUACUGGGAUUCCGGCCCCCGAGCCGAUCCUGUGGAAGAUUUCCGAUACAUCUGGGGAGGGUUUGCCUACCUGCAGGACAUGAUUGAACAGGGCAUCACGAGGAGUCAGGCCCAGGCUGAGGUUCCAGUUGGAAUCUACCUGCAGCAGAUGCCUUACCCAUGCUUCGUGGAUGACUCUUUCAUGAUCAUCCUGAACCGCUGUUUCCCUAUCUUCAUGGUUCUGGCCUGGGUCUAUUCUGUUUCCAUGACUGUAAAGAGCAUCGUCUUGGAGAAGGAGUUGAGACUGAAGGAAACCUUGAAAAAUCAGGGUGUCUCCAACACAGUGAUCUGGUGUACCUGGUUCCUGGACAGCUUCUCCAUCAUGUCAAUGAGCAUCUUCCUCCUGACAAUAUUCAUCACGCAUGGAAGGAUCCUACAUUACAGCGAUCCAUUCAUCCUCUUCCUGUUCCUGUCGGCUUUCUCCACGGCGACGAUCAUGCAGUGCUUCCUGCUCAGCACCUUCUUCUCCAGGGCCAGCCUGGCCGCAGCUUGUAGUGGGGUCAUCUACUUCACCCUCUACCUGCCUCACAUCCUCUGCUUCGCCUGGCAGGACCGGAUGACGGCCGACCUGAAGAUGGCUGUGAGCCUGCUGUCUCCUGUGGCAUUUGGGUUUGGCACUGAGUACCUGGCCCGCUUUGAGGAGCAAGGCCUGGGGCUGCAGUGGAGCAAUAUCGGGAAUAGUCCCGUGGAAGGGGAUGAAUUCAGUUUCCUGAUGUCCAUGAAGAUGAUGCUCCUCGACGCUGCUCUGUAUGGCUUGCUUGCCUGGUACCUUGACCAGGUGUUUCCUGGGGACUAUGGAACCCCACUUCCUUGGUACUUCCUUCUACAAGAGUCCUAUUGGCUUGGUGGUGAAGGGUGUUCAACCAGAGAAGAAAGGGCCUUGGAAAAGACGGAACCCAUAACAGAGGAAAUGGAGGACCCGGAACACCCAGAAGGAAUAAAUGACUCCUUCUUUGAACGUGAGCUGCCAGGCUUGGUCCCCGGGGUGUGUGUGAAGAACCUGGUGAAGAUCUUUGAGCCCCACGGCCGGCCCGCCGUGGACCGGCUCAACAUCACCUUCUAUGAGAACCAGAUCACCGCCUUCCUCGGUCACAACGGCGCAGGGAAAACUACCACCUUGUCCAUCCUGACGGGUCUGUUGCCACCAACAUCCGGGACUGUGCUCAUUGGGGGGAAGGACAUAGAAACCAGCCUGGAUGAAGUCCGGCAGAGCCUCGGCAUGUGUCCCCAGCACAACAUCCUGUUCCACCACCUCACAGUGGCUGAGCACAUCCUGUUCUACGCCCAGCUGAAGGGGAGGUCCUGGGAGGAGGCCCAGCUGGAGACAGAGGCCAUGCUGGAGGACACAGGCCUCCACCACAAGAGGAAUGAAGAGGCUCAGGAUCUGUCAGGUGGCAUGCAGAGGAAGCUGUCUGUUGCCAUUGCCUUCGUGGGAGAUGCCAAGGUGGUCGUUCUAGAUGAGCCCACCUCUGGGGUGGACCCCUACUCAAGACGCUCAAUCUGGGACCUACUCCUGAAGUAUCGUUCGGGCAGGACCAUCAUCAUGUCCACGCACCACAUGGACGAGGCCGACCUCCUUGGGGACCGCAUCGCCAUCAUUUCCCAGGGCAGGCUCUACUGCUCGGGCACCCCACUCUUCCUGAAGAGCUGCUUUGGCACUGGCUUCUACUUAACCGUGGUUCGCAAGAUGAAAAACACCCAGAGCCAGAGAUCAGGAUGUGAGGGGACCUGCAGCUGUGCAUCUCAGGGUUUCUCCAUCAGGUGUCCAGCCCCUGGAGAUGAGAUAACUUCAGAACAAGUCUUAGACGGAGAUGUGAAUGAGCUGACAGAUAUGGUUCGCCACCAUGUUCCAGAGGCAAAGCUGGUGGAAUGCAUUGGUCAAGAACUGAUCUUCCUUCUUCCGAAUAAGAACUUCAAGCAGAGGGCAUAUGCCAGCCUUUUCAGAGAACUGGAGGAGUCGCUGGCUGACCUGGGUCUCAGUAGUUUUGGAAUUUCUGACACUCCCCUGGAAGAGGUAUUUCUGAAGGUCACAGAGGACUCUGAUUCAGGACCUCUGUUCACUGGCAGCACUCAGCAGAAAAGAGAAACAAUCAGCCUGCGACACCCCUGCUUGGGUCCUAGCAAGAAGGGUCCUAGCAAGGAGGUCAUACAGACUCCCCAGGGCUCCCACAGUGACUCUGUGCAGCAGGCCCCUCCUGCUGAGGGUCGGCCUUCACCAGCGGAACAGGGUGGCCAGCUUAACACGGGAGCACGCCUCAUCACCCAGCACGUGCAGGCACUGCUGGUCAAGCGAUUCCACCAUGCUGUCCGUAGCCACAAGGACUUCCUGGCCCAGAUUGUGCUCCCAGCCACUUUUGUGUUUCUGGCUCUGAUGCUUUCCAUCAUCGUCCCUCCUUUUGGGGAAUAUCCUGCUUUGACCCUUCACCCCUGGAUGUAUGGGCAGCAGUACACCUUCUUCAGCAUGGACCAGCCGGGCAGCGAGCGGCUCGCAGCACUUGCAGACGUCCUCCUGAACAAGCCAGGCUUCGGCAACCGCUGCCUAAAGGAAGAGCGGCUCCCGGAGUUCCCCUGUGGAAACUCAACCCCCUGGAAGAUUCCCUCUGUGUCGCCAAAUGUCGCCCACCUGUUCCAGAAGCAGAAGUGGACCCCAGACCACCCCUCACCUUCCUGCAGAUGCAGCACCAGGGAGAAGCUCACCAUGCUCCCCGAGUGCCCUGAGGGUGCCGGGGGGCUCCCACCCCCUCAGAGAGUGCAGAGCAGCACCGAAAUCCUACAAGACCUUACAGACCGGAACAUCUCCGACUUCCUCGUGAAAACGUAUCCUGCGCUAAUACGAAGCAGCUUAAAGAACAAAUUCUGGGUCAACGAACAGAGAUACGGAGGGAUUUCCAUCGGAGGGAAGCUCCCGGUUCUCCCCAUCACUGGGGAAGCGCUUGUGGAAUUUCUGAGUGACCUUGGCCAGAUAAUGAAUGUGAGCGGGGGCCCUAUCACCAGAGAGGCUUCUAAAGAAAUUCCUGCUUUCCUUAAACAUCUAGAAACUGAAGACAACCUUAAGGUGUGGUUUAACAACAAAGGCUGGCACGCUGCGGUCAGCUUCCUCAACGUGGCCCACAAUGCCAUCCUGAGAGCCAGCCUGCACCGGGACAAGAACCCGGAGGAGUAUGGCAUCACCGUCAUCAGCCAGCCCCUGAACCUGACCAAGGAGCAGCUCUCCGAGAUCACCGUGCUGACCUCUUCUGUGGAUGCCGUGGUUGCUAUCUGUGUUAUUUUCGCCAUGUCCUUCGUCCCAGCCAGCUUUGUCCUUUACCUGAUCCAAGAGAGAGUGAACAAAGCCAAGCACCUCCAGUUUGUCAGUGGAGUGAGCCCUACCACUUACUGGCUGACCAACUUCCUCUGGGACAUUAUAAAUUAUGCUGUGAGUGCGGCCCUGGUGGUGGGCAUCUUCAUCGGGUUUCAGAAGAAAGCCUACACUUCUCCAAACAAUCUUCCUGCCCUUGUCGCAUUGCUCAUGCUAUACGGAUGGGCAGUCAUUCCCAUGAUGUACCCAGCAUCCUUCCUGUUUGACGUCCCCAGCACAGCCUAUGUGGCCUUGUCUUGUGCCAAUCUGUUCAUCGGCAUCAACAGCAGUGCCAUCACCUUCAUCUUGGAAUUAUUUGAGAAUAACCAGACGCUGCUCAGAUUCAAUGCCGUGCUGAGGAAGCUGCUCAUCAUCUUCCCCCACUUCUGCCUGGGCCGGGGCCUCAUUGACCUGGCGCUGAGCCAGGCUGUGACAGAUGUCUAUGCCCGGUUCGGUGAGGAGAGCUCUUCAAAUCCAUUCCAAUGGGACCUUAUUGGGAAGAACCUGGUUGCCAUGGCGGCAGAAGGGGUAGUGUACUUCCUCCUGACGCUCCUCAUCCAGCACCACUUCUUCCUCACCCGAUGGAUGGCCGAGCCCACUAGGGAGCCCAUUAUGGAUGAAGAUGAUGAUGUGGCUGAAGAAAGACAAAGAGUUGCUAGUGGGGGAAAUAAAAGUGAUAUUCUAAGUCUAAAUGAACUAACCAAGGUGUAUUCAGGCACCUCCAGCCCUGCGGUGGACAGGCUGUGUGUGGGAGUCCGUCCUGGAGAGUGCUUCGGCCUCCUGGGAGUGAACGGAGCUGGCAAAACAACCACUUUCCGGAUGCUCACUGGGGACACCACAGUAACCUCAGGCGAUGCAACUGUAGCAGGCAAGAGUAUCUUAACCAAUAUUUCCGAAGUCCAUCAAAACAUGGGCUACUGUCCUCAGUUUGACGCAAUCGAUGAGCUGCUCACAGGGCGAGAGCAUCUUUACCUUUAUGCCCGGCUUCGAGGUGUACCAGCAGAGGAAAUCGAGAGGGUGGCAAACUGGAGUAUUCAGAGCCUGGGCCUGUCUCUCUACGCGGACCGCCUGGCUGGCACCUACAGUGGGGGCAAUAAGCGGAAACUCUCCACAGCCAUCGCCCUGAUCGGCUGCCCACCGCUGGUGCUGCUGGAUGAGCCCACCACAGGCAUGGACCCCCAGGCACGCCGCAUGCUGUGGAACACCAUCAUGAGCAUCAUCAGAGAAGGGAGGGCGGUGGUCCUCACAUCCCACAGCAUGGAAGAAUGUGAGGCCCUGUGUACCCGGCUGGCCAUCAUGGUGAAGGGCGCCUUUCAGUGUCUAGGCACCAUUCAGCACCUCAAGUAUAAGUUUGGAGAUGGCUACAUCGUCACAAUGAAGAUCAAGUCGCCGAAGGACGACUUGCUCCCAGACCUGAACCCUGUGGAGCAGUUCUUCCAGGGGAACUUCCCGGGCAGCGUGCAGAGGGAGCGGCACUACAACAUGCUCCAGUUCCAGGUCCCGUCCUCCUCCCUGGCCAGGAUCUUCCGGCUGCUCAUCUCCCACAAGGACAGCCUGCUCAUCGAGGAGUAUUCGGUCACACAGACCACACUGGACCAGGUAUUUGUGAACUUUGCUAAACAGCAGACUGAAACUCACGACAUCCCUUUGCACCCCCGCGCCGCUGGAGCCAGCAGACAAGCCAAGAAGAGACCUAAUGGCUGCUUGGUAAGGUUGACUUUGCCCUCCGUCUCCCCAGAGGGCCCAGGCAUGUCUAAGUAAAGGUCUGAUCUCCUUCCACACUGCUCGCUCGCUGCAGCCGGAAGUGAACUCCGGGCAGUGGGAAGUGCAGGAGCCUUUGCCGUGUGGUCAUCCAGUCCAAGCAGCCCACAUGAGUGAAGCCCUGGCACAGAGUCACACACACGUGGGGCACUCGGAGAACGCCAAAGGGGCUUUUCCAGGAGGAAGCCAACGCUGACUGGUUCGCCUGGGACACCUGAUGGUGAAACUGGCUACCAAACGAAUGCAAAGCCCUUUUCAUCCAGACCACAGAAGUAGAAGUCCCAAUUCAUCCUGGCAGUAGCUUUGCUCUCGAUAUCAUUCUCAUUUGAGUGGACCUGCUUUUCUCUGCAUGUAUGUGUGUCUGUUUUAUUUUUAAGAAUAAAAUAACAUGCAAACACAGUUAUCACACACUAGCCAGUGUGCACCAUCUGGUACUGUUUCAGACAUGAUCUGUGCCCGUGCAGCUUCCUGUCCUUGCUCUAGCUUCCGUGAGAGUGAUUGCCGCAGAGGUGCCAGUCACGGCAAUAUUCUGCCCCUCUGGGGUGGGAGUGAAUGGACUAGUCUUGACGUUGCAUGCCAAGUCUGCUUUAUAGGGCCUGAAGAAAAUGCCCAGUUGGCACUGCAUGUGAACAUUGUCCAUUGUUAAUUGGGUGUUAUUUGAACCUAGGUUUCACAUCUGUUUGCUCAGCUUAUUUGAGUGCCUACCUCAUAGGUAUAAUUAAGACAGGAGAAGAGGCAAGGACAGGUGAGAGUGGAUCUUUGAUUGGGUAUGAGAUCCAACAUGUCUUUGUAACUCUUUAAAGAUGCCAGGCCUCAUUCGUACAGAGCCGUGCCCUCCCCACAGUGCUGACGUGUGCACCUUCUGCAGUGACAAUAUGGAGCAGUGGUUCACGGGAUAGCUCACGGUUCACAUAAAAGCUCAUCAAGAAUCAAAAAAACAAUGGUUUUGAACCAAACCAUUUCAAAUGGCUCGUGGAUGAGGAGAGCUGAUGGACUCCCUGGCCAAGGCAGUGCCCUCUCCACGGGCCACAGACGGGCUUCCUGGUUCCCACACGCUCUGGAGCAGUGCCUCCGAAGCACAUUAUACCACGGUUGUACUUCAGGGCCGGGGUAGGGGCAGGGCAGGAGAGGGGAGAGGGAGGAAAAGAUGCUGAGACCCAAUACCUGCACCUGAGAAGGGGACAUGGCAGAAAGUGAGCACAAGGUGCUGGCAUUUCCCUGAGGAAGGAGAGCGCUGUCUUUCUCCAGAGGCAGACGGAAGGCCAGGGCUACACAGUUUUUACUCCCGCAUAGCUAGUGGCUGGCUGCUUUGUAAAUAACUAGAGAGUAUGCAAAACUAGUAGCCUCAGAGCUUAAUUUGGUUUUGACUUAAAAAAAAAUACCUAUCAGUGACCAAAACCAUUUUAACUAGAGUCGGAAGAGGGUUUAGGAAAGCUCAGGAGGGGGCUGUUGAUACUCAGCAUAAUGCUAUUACAUCCUGGCUGGUUUGGGAAUUUAAAUUUGUAACUACAACAUCACAGGGACACAGGCAAAGCAGGGAGCGGGGGCCACUGUCAUUCUUGCAUGGUGGGUUGUGAGGGUUUAGAGAUGCAUCAUGGCCUGGAAAGAGCCAGGUACGGGUGAUGUCUCACCCUGCCUUUGGGAGGAAAGCUCAGUUUCGCUGUCUGUCCCCACUACACCUGGGCUCUCCAAUAGCAAGGUCUGUGUCCUUUUUUGUCAUUUCCCCCAGCUCCUGCCACACAGAAAACACUGAACAAACACCAAGUUCAGCACUAUAAAAAUCCAGCAAAAAAUAUACAGAAAAGAAGUAGGUCCGAUAAAAUGAUGCCUUCAAAAAGCCCAAGACAGUGGUGAACUGAAAGCAGAGCCUCAGCAAUGUCAUGCUUUAAAAAUUCACAGUCCAAAGCAUAAGCAGGGAAAAAAUCAAGGGGGAGGAGGCCAUUUGCUUGGGUUUGAGGAGUAUUCAAGUUGGAAGACUGGCCCAAAUCUCCUCAGAACAGGCUAGUCUAUUGAAAGACCUCCCAAUCUGUUUUAAUAAUGGAGAUUCAUAAAGAAGAGGAGG